AUGGAUGACCUACCCACCGAACUCGUUGAGCUCAUCUCGCUCUUCGCCCCGCAGAACGACAUCGCGUCGCUCUGUCUCGCCAGUACACGUCUCGCCGAUAUUUGCCGUCGCUCCCUAUACCACAGCCUCGCCAUCGACAGCAACAAUGUCGAGCAGACAGCCAGUUGCCUCACGACGCUCGCGGAUGCACCUCGCUGUGCGAGAUUUGUCAGGGAGCUCGAAGUCGUCAAACUGGAUAUAAAAGCACUAGCAAGCCACUGCCCCAAAUUACCCUUGCCUAUCGGUCUGCAGAUAAUCUGUGCCCUCCAAAAUCUGGUGGGGCUAGAAACCUUCUCAUUCGGCGCCGAACCCUCCCUAUUCGUCUUUAUUACCGGUGUCCAGUUUCCUCGCCUCCGGUCCUGCACUCUCCCGUACUUCCUGCAUUAUACCAGCGAUUUCCUUGAACAGCACCGAUCCACGCUUCAGACGCUCAUUAUUUCUCCCCGCCUGACGACUCAACUAUUGACGGCUGCUGAUGCGGCGGAAAUCGAACCUCUCACCUUCCCGCGCCUGAACUGUUUCGUGGGGCCGUCGACGCUCGCUGAACGCUGGUUGCCGCAUUCAUCCAUCGAGCAUCUCAUUGUCGAUUGCAGACUUAUCCCAGAUGCGGCAAGCAACGUCCUCCGGUCUGUCAACAACGCCAGCUUGGCAUCAUGCACCAUGCUUGUGGAAGGGUGGCACACCGAGCCGCUCGCAGCGGUCGUUUCAUACGCACCGGCGGUUCGAGUGCUGACGAUAAUUGAGCUUGGAUGCGACGAUGAUGAAGAUGCAUACGAGGCCUUCUUGUCAUCCGCUGACAAGUAUAUCGCCCAGCUCCCGCAGCUGUUGGCGCUCCGCGUCCCGACUUCUCCGAAGGAUCUGCAGCCGGAUAAGCCCGGGGACACGUCGCCCGCGGUGCUCGCCGAGCUCGCGCACCUCCGGCGCUGGGCCGCAUGCUCCCGGACUCUUCUGCACGCUGCGCUGCACGACGUCUGGCAAUGGGCGCCAACAGCCGUCUGGCUUGCAACACACAAGGCCGACGCAGUGCGUGUUGCAGCCGCCAGCGACUCCUUCGAUGUGACGAUAGCGCACAUGCAGGUGGGCCCGGCGUCCGACGAGAAUGUCAAAACGGCGGUGGAUGCGUGGUGCAAGCGGCUGGACGAGAUGGAGACGAUCGUGCAGGUGGUUGCGCCGCUCGAGUCUCACGCCGUCGAACAGGCCCUGAAGUUCUAA